AUGGGGUAUCCGCCACCUACGCGAAGGCUUGGAGAUAAAAAAAGGUAUCAUUAUUCUAACAAUCCUAACCGAAGGCAUCCUUCUGGUGUUUAUUCAAAGAGUGGUUUCUCAAAAUCGAUCAGUAAUGGAUUUGUAUCAUCUCCUACUUUGGAUAAUUCAACAAAUCCAUCUCUUGUUCCUGCUACUGCAACUUCACCUCUUCCUACAGCUAUACCAGGAAGCGCAUAUGGCAUCGAAGCACCUAGGCCAUCUCGAUAUGAUCCCAGCUCAGUUAGCAGGCCUUCGUCAUCAUCCUACCCGUUAACAAGAAAGAUUGGAAGCCGUUAUAACCCAGAGGCCGAAAGACCGUCUUCAACCACCAGUUCAACUCCGGAAAGCACAAAUUUAAACACAACGACACACGUCAAUACUGAUAUCGGAAAAUCACGUUAUUCACGAAAAAUCAUGAGCAGAUAUAACCCUCAAUCUACUGCUUCUUCAAAAGUAUCGCACUUUUCUCCAGCAACUUCAAAAGUUCAACCGUUUUAUGCUGCCAAUGGAAAUUCUCGGGCUAGACCUAGAUCAAUGGAUGAUUAUAAGCCUGAUGUAACAAACAAUCCCGAAUCAAGUAAUGUUUCAUUGGUUAAUAGCAAUAGCCCUCAUUCCUACUACUCUAGGAGCAACAAAUGGAGAUCCAGUGGAACGCUUUCAAGACCACUUUUUGAUAAUCAUGUCGGUAAUAUGAUGACCACCAGCAACACUAACUCAGUUUCUCAAAGAGAACCUUUUUGGAAGACAAAUAGCAUCACUUUUUUAAAAUCACCCCAUUCGCAGUCAUCACCAUCCCUUUAUGCUAAUAAAUUUCACGACGCAAACAAGUUAGAAAAACCAGAACCCCUAGUUAAAACUGAAGCGUUUAGUAAAGAUGAGGCAAAAACUAUGCCAUAUCAGGAUGUCAAAUAUAUGCCAGAAGAAACAGAUUAUAAACCUAAUGUACUCGCAGAAUCCCAUAGUGUAAAAAAUAAUGAAAAAAAUGUCUUGGAAAAAAUAACUACAAAUGAAAGUGUGCCCGGCGUGGUGAAGGAGCACUUUAUCACAGUAAAAAGAAAAGAACAUGAAGAAUUGCAAGCUAGCACUGUGAAGUCAAAUAAAGCUAGUAAGGAUGAAAAGCAAGAUGGAAUUUGGACGACAGCAAAAACAACUGCCAGUACAGCCCAAGUAAUCAAAGAACAACAGGGAGAACUAAUAAAACCUAUCAAGAGAAAAGAAAGUCCGGAAAUUAGAGAUUAUGAAAGAAUAUACGACCCGAAGGCUCUGAAAACAGACUUAACGAAACUGAGAGUUGAAGAGAAUAAUAAAAGGUAUGAAGAACCACUCGAGGAAGUUGAAGGAUGUAUUUUUCCACUAUCAAAAGCAGAAACAAGAUUGUGGGAAAUAAAAAACCAGAAGAGAAACAAAAUGAUCAUCAAACAGAAAUACCUGCUGAAAAAGGCAAUCAGAAGUUUCUCAGAGUAUCCAUUUUACGUCCAAAACAAACUUAUUCACCAGCAAGCCACGGGGCUUAUCCUAACUAAAAUAAUAUCAAAAAUAAAAAAGCAAGAACAUUUGAAAAGAAUAAAAUUGAAACAUAAUUAUUUUGAUUUGCAGAAGAAGUAUGAAAAAGAAUGCGAGGUUUUAACUAAACUAAGCGAAAAUUUAAGGAAGGAAGAGAUCGAAAAUAAACGUAGAGAGCAUGAGUUAAUGGAACAGAAAAGACGCGAGGAAGGAAUCGAAACAGAAAAGGAAAAAAGCUUACGCCAUCCAUCUUCCUCUUCAUCAUCCCGUCGCAGAAACAGAGCUGAUUUCGUUGAUGAUGCGGAAAUGGAAAAUGUACUAUUACAGAUUGAUCCGAAUUAUAAGCAUUAUCAGGCCGCUGCAACAAUUCCUUCUUUGAUUUUAGACCCAGUACACAAAUUUUCUUUCAAGUUCUGUGACGUUAAUAAUUUAGUUACAGACAAGAAUCUUUGGGCAUCUAGAAUAUUAAAGGAUGCUACAGACAACUUCUCUGAUCACGAACACUCUUUAUUUUUGGAAGGUUAUCUGAUUCAUCCCAAAAAAUUUGGAAAGAUUUCACACUACAUGGGUGGUUUACGAACUCCUGAGGAAUGUGUUUUACAUUAUUAUAGAACCAAGAAAACUGUAAAUUAUAGACAGCUUCUUAUUGAUAAAAACAAAAAGAGGAAAAUGUCAGCUGCUGCCAAGCGUCGUAAGAGAAAGGAAAGAGGUAAUGAGGAAGAAAUUGAAGUCGAGGAAGGUAAAGAUGAGUCAAUUAGCACAGCGGAUAAGGAAGAAAAAAGUGAAGAAAUUAUUAAAGAAAUAGCUCCGCCCGUUUUGGUUCAAGUUCUUGAAGCUAAAGAUAAAUUACGAGAUAUAUCCGAGAAUAUCGUCAAAAAUACAGCUGAAAAUGGAAACGAAGAUAUUGCAGAUGGACGAGAAGAUACUAUGACCACAAGCAAUUUGAAAAGGGUGCAUGAUGUGAUUGAAGAUACGUCAAGUUUGAUCAAAAUCGGCGAUAGUGUUCCAUCAAUGGUACAAAAAGGAAGUAUACAAAGCGAUUAUUAUCCAGACGAGACCAGAGAACUUGAUUUUAAUUUAGAGAAUGCGCUGCAAAGAAAGAAACACAAAACUGUGCCAGACCAUAAAACAAGUUAUUGGAGUGUUCGUGAAUCUCAACUCUUCCCAGAAUUAUUGAAAGAGUUUGGCUCCCAGUGGUCUUUGAUAUCGGAGAAGCUGGGCACCAAGUCUACCACAAUGGUAAGGAAUUAUUACCAAAGAAAUGCGGCGCGCAAUGGGUGGAAAACACUAGUUGAUGAAACUGACUUGAAGCGAGACGGAACUAGUUCAGAAUCGGUGCACCAAUCCCAAAUAUUAAUGCAACCAGAACGUCCCAAUAUCAAUGCGUACAGUAACAUUCCGCCUCAACAAAUGCCGGCUUUAGGAUUUUUUAUUGGCCAACCAACGCACGGUCAUGAUACCUCCAUAUCAUCUACAGAUGGCUCUACGAGGCCAUUUGGGCCUGAAUUUCAUCGCGAUAGUUUUUCUAAAGUUAGCGCUCCUUUAACCACGUUACCACCACCAAGACUACCCUCCAUCCAGUUUCCUCGUUCAGAAGUACCUGAACAUACAAUGACAGACCUCCGCAACAGAACCGUAGACCAUAUUGACACAUUAGCGGAUGCGGCUUCGUCAAUAACAAAUAACCAAAACUUUAGUAAUGAAAGGCAUUCCAUUGAAGCUAGCCGUAAGUCGACGACAAUCAAUAAUCUAUUGAAUAAUCCUAACCGAGAUAUGAAAACUUCUAUCCAAAAUGCUUCUAGGUGCCAAGCAGAAGUCGAAGACACUCCCAACUUAAACAAUAUUGUAGUUCAAGAAAUAAAACAAAACAUCACCACACCAAGAUCCAGUUCUAUUUCCGCGCUUCUGAACCCUGUAAAUGGAAAUGGACAAUCGAACCCGGAUGGAAGGCCCUUGCCACCAUUGAACCAUACUGUUUCUCGAGGCAUACCUUUCACUUUACCUGCUCCACGAGCUAGUUCGACAAGUCGUGCGCCUCCAAAGUUCAAUUUUUCGAAUGAUCCACUGGCUGCCUUGGCUGCAGUAGCAUCCGCGCCAGAUGCAAUGAACGGCUUUUUGUCUAAAAAGGAAAAUAAUGAUUGA